GGCCACGAAGGAGACACGAAGAAGAACAAGUGAGCAAAGCUGUGUCGUACGUGUGUUAGAAUUUGAUCACCCAUAAUCGACGGUCGGUUUCUGGUUAUUGACUCAUUGACAAAGAUGGUUCGACCACAUUUUGGACCACCUCGCUUGAAACCCAGACCAUACGGAGAUGAUGAUGGCAUGGGACCUUGUGAUAGGAAUUACACCUCCAACUCCAAGGGCCGUAGGGACGCUCAAGGCUACCAAGGAAAACCUGCCUUUAACUGGAGAGAAUCCAGAGGUAGAGGACGACCCCCAGUAGUAAAAAGAGUCCCAUUGAUGGGAGAGCAAAGAGAUCAACGCUUCAACAACUGGAGAUCCUCAAAUCAGGAUUCAUUUCAGUCAUACCCUUCGAAAAUGGGCCCACACCACAACCAGAGGCGAUCCCCUCCCCCUAGACAAAACCGUUCCCCCCACAUGCAGCAUCACUCAUCCUCUCGCAGUCCUAUACAAGGGUCCUCAGGUCCCAGAGGCCCACCUUUCCAUGGGCAUUCCUCAGGUCACAGGUCACCCUCACCAAGGCAUCCAAGUCACCCUAACCAUUCAUCUGACAGGAGACCAGCCUCUGCGCCAUCCUUUCAUGGAUCUUUCAGGGGCAAAAGGCAGACAGGUUUUUCUCAUCAGGAGCAGCGGAGUCGUGGAGACCCUCGUGGGAAUUACAGUCCCAGAGAAAGACCCUAUGAGCCCACAGGGCACGGCAUGAAGCGCUGGAACGAGGCUGGAGGCUUCUCUCAUUCGCACAAUGGAGAGCAUGGGCCCUCUGGGUCACAGAGGAGCCCCAGAGAGAUUCAUGGGAGAGGCUCAUGUCCAGAGAGGUGGUCAUCGGAGCAAGACUCCAGGCGGCAGCGUGGUCCAAUGGAGAGGCAGGGCAGCAGAUCCCACAGUAGAGAAAGGGCACAAGAUGUCCAUUCUCACCCACCACCAUAUAGAUCCCCCUCAUGGAAAGGAGGUCCACCAUCAUCAUCAUCCUACCACAAGAGCCCUCAGGAGAGGCCAGUUGCUGGACCACGGAAGAGGAGGAUAAAUGAUAUCAACAUGCCAUCCUUAGACCCUGCACUGGAGCAUAGCAAUCCCAAAUACCCCAGGAGAGAGAGGCCUCAGCUCUUUCAUAUGCCUCGGCCGUUUGGAGGCAGACCUUUAUCUCUUAGGGAGAAGAGUUACUUUGCGAAGGCCAGACAAAUAAGAGCAGAGUCUCUCAUGAGGCUCAGAAUACCACCAUCUGUGAGAGCUAGGCCUCCUCGUAUGGGCGAGUCUGCUUCCAGAGGAAAUUUCAAUUCUGUCCUUGCUAUCAGAAAGAAGCGAUUCCAGACAAACCCAGUUCCCCUGCAAAAGCUGGAACCAAGAAAGCCAAGGCCCCAACAGUCACCCCCCAGGGAAGAAGGCAGUGCGAGCAAGUCUUCAAAAGACUCUGAAUCAGGAAAAGAACAGGUGGAGUCUCGCCGGUCCUUGAACACACACAGAUCUUCUCCCAUAAAGAAAGGUGACCUGGUUGUUUUGUCUCACUGGCCGCCUGGGCCGAGCUCCACCUCCAAGGACUGCUCGCCCCAGAAAGAACACAGCCCAAAGUCAAAGACCGGUCAGUCUGAUAGGAGUUCAGAUUCAGAAGGCCCAUCAAACAGUCGAACACUGCCUGAAGAACGCAAACGGGCCUAUGUGGACCGGAGGACAUUCAGCAGACCGUUUAAUAUGAUGUCAGACAGACCUAUGAGGCCCUUUAGGAGACCAGGACCAGGACCAUUCCAGAGACCCAGAUUCUCUCUUGGCCCAAGGAAACCAGGUCCGGACCUGUCUGGAAAUUUUAGAAGACCACUCAUGGAGAGCUUGGUGCCAAGUCCAUUUCCACAUCAGAGGCCAGUGUUCAGAAAAAGCUACAAUAUCGUGUCCAAGUACCGCAACAUGCGAGUGAUGCGUCAGCGUCCACCGUACAACCGCGGACCCAACCAACAACGCUGGUGAUUAGAUUGUGGUCCUGUAUUUUUCAGACAGGAUAUUGAAGAACACUUACACAUUUCACCAAGAUCAUGUGUUUGACAGGAACUGCACAACCCCUGUGUGUGUAAUGUACAUUUCUCAUCCUGCUUGUAUAUUGUGGAAGCGUGUGGUCAGCUACAUUUGUUCUCCGAUAAAGAAGUGUUUCAGUUGCAUAUUUAAAGCACUGUUGUACUUUUACAUUUGGUCAUUUGUGAAGUAAACCAUUACAUUACACUGUUCUCUGUUUUAACAUAUACAAUAAUUUGGGAGUCAUUGCUUGUGAUUUAAAUGGUCUUUAUUUUACAUUAAAGUGUUGGUAUUUCUUUAUUUAUCAACUACCGUCAAUUUCAGGUGUGUUGAGUCAAAGUGAUCUGACAUGUAUUCUUUGUAAAGAUUUAACACAUGAUCAGUCUGGUUUGGUUACAUGUGGAUGUUGGAAAUUGGAUUAGAGAGCAUUUGUCAACUGGCUUCUACUUGUAAAACUUGUAUAAUCUUAUGUUCAGUUUACAGUUUCAGACUUGAAAUAAAAUCAAACAAAAACUCCAGUCUGUAUUUU